UAUUACAACAGUGAGGUUAGCAGGUUUGUUGCAGUUCUGCUAAAAUUGACCACUUGCCUCAUUUCACUCCAAACUCAUCACACUCAUCAACAGACAACAAUUUCUUAUUAACUUUCUAGCUGUGGGCUCGUUUGGUUUCUGUCUGUAAAUAUGGUGACAAGCAGCAUGUUACUGAGUGUCCUCUUUGUUUCAGGUGUUUGGGCUGCUUGUUCUGAGCCAGCAGCCCUCUUCAUCACUGCACCACAGAUCAUGGAAGCACUGAGUGGAUCUUGUUUGCAAAUCCCAUGUAACUUUAGAGCUAAAUCAGAACAAGAGUUUGACAGCACAAGAGAAACCUUCGGAGUGUGGAUUAAAAGUGACUCCAGGUUUGCCAAUUAUCCUGACAAUGUGAUUUUCAACAGUAGCAGGACAGUUAACACCUAUCCAAUGAGGAUUACUGGAAACCUGAGUCAGAAAAACUGCACCACUCUGUUUUCCAGUUUAAAUACAAGUUAUACAAACACAUACUUCUUCAGAACUGAGAACAAACCAUUCAUGGCAACAGCAUCUUGUGAUCCUCUUCAAAUAACAGUUAAAGAUUCUCCUCCGAGCCCCAGAAUUGAGAUCCCAGCUGAUCUGAAGGAGAAGCAGUCUGUCACUAUAACCUGCUCAGCUUCCACUCCCUGUCCACAGUCCCCUCCUAAACUCACCUGGAACCUCCAACAAGACUCUCACAGCAACACAGAGGAAAACACAGAUCGAACCUUUACAACUAAAAUCCAGGAGACCAUCACUCUGUCAGACCAACAUGAUGGAUACAACAUCACCUGUUCAGCCAGAUAUCCUGUGAAUGAAGGAAAAGAUGUCAAGACAGCAGAGGAGAGAAAGACUCUCAGUGUUUCAUAUGCUCCUAAAAACCCCUCAGUGUCCAUCAGUCCAUCAGGUUUGGUGUCAGCAGGUAGCUGGGUGAACCUGACCUGCUCCAGCAGAGCCAAGCCUCCCAUCAGCUGCUUCACGUGGUUCAAGAGCAGCACAGAUGGACCCAAGAACAUAUCUGUAGGAGAGGUUUACAGCUUCAAGGUGACCAAUGUCACUGAUGGAGUUUAUUACUGUGUGGCCACUAAUGAUCUCGGUAAUGAAACAUCAUCAGAGAUCCAUCUGACAAUUGAAGGAGCAAAACAGCCUGGUAGCUCUUUACCAUGGGGGGCAGUUGUUGGAGGGAUCGUUGGGGUCAUUGUACUCAUCUGUGUGGUUGUAGCCGUUUGGUGUUUAAAGUCAAAACAUCCAACUUCACAACAGACACAGAGCCCAACAGCUGAAGAACCAGCCAGAGGAACAGAAAAUGAAGACAUUCAUUAUGGAGAGAUCGACUUCUCCAAGCUGAGACCUGAACCGUCCUCUGACUCAGCGCAGGACAGAGGACAGCAGCAGGAUACUCUGUAUGCACAGGUCAAAGUGUCCCAGCCAGCAAAUAGCUUAACACAGACUGCUGACGGCCCAGAGGAUCUCUACGCUCAAGUGAAGAAAAAAUGAAUGUAUAGAUAGACGUGUAUUUUAUUUAACAAAUAUGGUUGUAUUAUCAUUAUUGUUACAAGGAAAUGUUUGUGUGGCGUCUAGUAUGUUUUUAUUAGUAUUUAUGGUUUUUACAGAUCUCAAAAUGGAAUGGAAAGCGGAAACAGCAUUUUUUAACCCAACAUAGGAAGGAAUAAGACACUACCUCGUGGCCUAAAGAUACUAUCCCAUUCCCAAGUUUUAAUUACCUUUGUGGCCAUGAGAUAAGUGUAUAUAAAAAGCAAACAGUGCCUGCUCCAGCUGCCACCUAGCACUCCUCGGGUGAUAGCUAUGGACAUUUGAUUAACCUUUAUUUUAACUUAGGGGUGAGUUAUGCAGGAAAUGUGUGCAACAGACCAGCAAAUCAGUUUAGCCAUUGUAAUACAAAAGCAAAUUUUGAGACUAAACAUCAAGCCCGGCUGGUUGUUCUAAAGCUGGUAAAUACCACAUGACCUGACUUUCUGCAACACAGAAAAACAAGCAGAUCUCGUCUUUCCUGCUCAAAUUUUGAGUAUUUUUGUUAUGUUGCUCCACUGCAAGCCUGUUUCCCUAUUUUUCUUUAUAUGGAAUACAUUAAGUUUCAAUAAAUUAUAAUACAUAUAUAUAUAUAUAUAUAUAUAUAUAUAUUAUAUAUAUGUAUGUAUACAUAUAUAUAUAUAUAACAUAAUAUAUACAUUAGGUUACAUAUAUAAAUACAAUAAUGGUGAGAAAGAGACACCAUAGUGCCAGAUAAAAAUAUUAUCUUUUUGAUGACAUGUUUUCUUCACUUCAGUCACUUGUGUUUGGGUUGUUACAUCUUUCACAUGAAAUACUGUAUUCUGUUGUACUUACUGUGUGCAGUCACAAUAAAUCAGUCUAUCAAUCAA